CAGUUCCUGCUCGGGCGAAUCGCACACACACACGCAGUGCUGUAUCAUGUCCGAGAGCGGCUAUUAAAGAGCAGCGCUGUGUAUCUUCCACAGGCCGGGAUGAGUGCGCCAGGUCCUCGGAUUCGGCUCCUGCUGAUGAUCUCCACACUGCAGUGGGGUUGGAGCUACACUGACAGCUCGUGGUACCAGGAUCUCUGCAGGUAUAAAUGGGAGGCUGUGGACUCUGACAGCAAAAUAAAAUACACCCUGAAGCUCUGUUCUUCAUCCCCGGUGACGACCUGUGACCCGGGCGCUGCUGUUUGCGCCCAGAAUCUUGUCAGCGGCAAGAGCCAUUCAGUGGGUGAUCUCUCCUUGCAGGCGUCAUCCUCUUCCAACUUCAUUCUCGGUUUCAACAGCACUCAAACUUGCCAGGGCGAGAGCAGCAAUGUGCAAAGCAGCAUCAGUUUCCAGUGUGGUAAAACAAUGGGGACGCCAGAGUUUGUCACCGUGUCACAGUGCGUCCAUCACUUCGAAUGGAGAACUUACAUCGCCUGCAGAAAAGACAAGUUCCGACCCCUUAAAGAGGUUCCCUGCUACGUCUUUGAUUUGGAUGGAAAAAAACAUGACCUCAACCCUCUCAUCAAAGUCACAGACGGCUACCUGGUCGAUGACUCGGAUGAUAGUGUUGAAUUUUAUAUUAACGUGUGCAGAAAUUUGGAUCGAGCAGAUAGUCCCUGUCCUAAAGGCACCGCUGCCUGUUGGACUAAACAAGACAAAUCGAUCAGCAUGGGGAUGCCGGACAAGCCUCUGGAGCUCAUCUCUAACGACAAGUUGAGGCUGCGGUACGAGUCUGAAAACAAGACAUGUGAUGGACACAAGCCUGCAGUCACAAUCACCUUCAUCUGCCCCUCGACAAGACAGCAGGGAAGUGAUCCCAAGCUGACUGCUGAGGAGAAUUGUCGCUACGAGGUCGAGUGGGUGACCGAGUACGCCUGCCACAGAGACUACCUGCAGAGUCACGAUUGUACACUGACCAACGAACAGCACGACAUCUCCAUCGACCUCACACACCUCACACACGGCGUUGCGGACCCUCCCUACGCUGUUGAGGCCAAGAUUGGGAGGGACACCUACAUAUUCUAUCUUAAUGUGUGUGGGGAAACCAGAGCUGGCGGCUGCACGGGUGAAAAAGGUUACGUAUCGUCUUGCCAGGUGAAGGACGGAGAAAGUGUAACCAAAAUAGCUGGGAGGUACCAGAACCAAACGCUCAGGUACUCUGAUGGGGAUCUGACACUCAUCUAUCCAGGAGGAAAUGGAUGCAGUUCAGGCUUCCGGAGAAUGACCAUCAUUAACUUUGAGUGCAACGCAACUGCAGGGAACGGCUACCCCGUGUUCACAGGAGAGGUCGACUGCACAUAUUACUUUAACUGGCAGACGUCAUACGCAUGUGUAAAGAAAACCAAAGACUUGCUGUGCAGAGUCACUGAUGGCAAAAUGCAUUAUGACCUGUCCCGUCUCACUCGCUACGCAGGACCUGAUGGACAACAAAACUGGGAGGCGGUGGAUGCUAAUGUUCUAGAGAAGGACAAAAAACUGUACUACAUUAACGUGUGUAAUAAACUAAUCAAGAACGAGAACGUCUCAUGUCCUGAAGAUGCAGCUGUAUGUGCUGUGGGGAAAGGAAAGUCGUUGAGCCUGGGUAAAUUCCUCUCCUCACCACAGAAAGACCUGUCCGGGAAAGACUUGCGUCUCAUAUACACAGACGGAGACGACUGCAGGAAAAGCACAAAGAUUAAAAGUAUCAUUACUCUGAAGUGUAAGCCUGGUGAUAUGGACAGUGCUCCCAUCAUGAGGAGCGUGUCCAAUGACGGCUGCUUUUAUGAGUUUGAGUGGCAGACUGCUGCCGCCUGUGUGCUCACCAGAACAAAGGGGAAUGACUGUAAAGUGGAAAACUCCACCGCAGGAAUUUCUUUUGACCUGACGCCGCUGAGGAAGGCUGACGGAGGUUACUACAACGAAUCCAACGACAAAUAUAAUUACUUUAUUAAUGUGUGUGGGAGUGUUAAGGCUGCAAACUGCCCUGAGAAUUCAGGAGCCUGUCAGGUUGACAAGAGUGCUAAAUAUAAUGUCUGGAACCUGGGCGAGUUUAAUUCCAGUCUAUCAUAUUAUGAUGGCAUGAUCGAGCUGGAUUACAUAAACGGCUCUCUGUACAACAACGAGAAACACACACAGCGCUCCACACACAUCUCCUUCCUGUGUGACCGAGAGGUUGGGCCAGGCAAGCCUGAGUUUCAGGCUGAGGAUGAAUAUACCUACAACUUCAGGUGGUACACCUCUUACGCCUGUCCAGAGAGGCCCCAGGAGUGUGUGGUUACUGACCCUGUUACCUUACAGCAGUUUGACUUGUCUAGUUUGUCGAAGUCGAGUGGAUCCGGUAACUGGAAGGCCACGGAUACCACAAACCGGAGGCUGUACUACAUCAACGUGUGCCGGCCGCUCAGUCCCGUGCCAGGCUGCGACCGACUCGCCUCGGUGUGCCAGAUAAAAUACGAACAAGCUCAGGGAGUACCAUCUGAAACCGUGACUGUCAGUAAUAUGGGCGUGGCUAAAAAAGGCCCUGUGAUCAUCGAGGACGGUCAGUUGAUGCUGGAGUACACAGACGGCUCGGCGUGCGAGGUGGAUGGGAAUAUGACGACCUACAUCACCCGCAUUCACUUCAUCUGUUCAAAAGAACCUGCGUCAUACGGGCCAAGGUUCCUAUCAAAUCAGGACUGCACAGUGAACUUCAUGUGGUACACCGAGGCAGCCUGCGUCAUUUCAACUGCUGUAGACACCAAUCAGACUUGUUCCUUGAAGCAUCCCAACACCGGCUUUGAGUUCAACCUGCUCCCUCUGGCCUCGGAAACAGCAUACAAGGCAACUGCAAAUGGAAAAGAGUUCAUCGUGAACAUCUGCUCGGCUGCUAAACAGUGCAGAGAGGGCAAGCAGACGGACGCAGCAGGCUGUGUGGUGGAGGGCGGCAAGCCGCAUAGUUUUGUCGGAGUGGAGAGAUCUCUGCAGUUGUCCACUGAUGGCCAGCUGACUCUGACCUACAGAGGAGAGCUGGAUAAGACACUGGGCACCAGAGCCACGUUCACCAUUAAUUUUGUGUGUGAUCAGAGUGCCACUAACGGCUCCCUCAAGGUCAUUCAUGAGGAGAUGGGCACGACCACGCACGUGCAGCAUGACGUUCUUUUCGAGUUCUCUACAGCUCUGGCCUGUGAGCCUGCGCCGGUAGAUUGCCGUGUUACUGACUCUCAGGGAAAUGAGUACGACCUGAGUGACCUCAGUCUGGAUGAUAAAGCCUACGUUCCUGUAGACACCUCAGACCAGGCCAAAUCUCAGAAGUUCUUCAUCAGUGUGUGUAAACCUCUGCCAUUUGUCCGGGGCUGCCCAGUUGGAGUAAUCGGCGCGUGCGGUCAGUUAAACGGCCGAGGCGUGAACCUGGGCUUUGUCCAAUCCAGCCUGCGUGCCGGCUCAGACGGCUCCAUCAGCAUCGUGUAUCAGAACGGGGAUAAGUGUGGCUCAAAAGGGCGCUACUCAACACGCGUGAUUUUCCAGUGUGAUGACAGCCCCGGCUCACCCAUGUUUGAUCGUAAGGACGGCUGUGAAUACGUCUUCAUCUGGAGGACCUCCGAGGCGUGCCCGGUGAAGAGAGUACAAGGUGCAAACUGUAAGGUAAAGGACCCCAGGAGUGGGUAUGAGUUUGACCUGACUCCCCUGUCCGGGAAGGAUUAUGAGGUGAAGAGCCUGCAGUAUGAAUAUCACUUUGCUAUAUGUGGCCCUGUUGAGACAUCAGUGUGUUCACAUGGAGCUAAUAGCAUGGUCUCCUCUUGCCAAGUAGAAGGUCCCAAUCACAGGAUUUCCGGAUUGGCUAAUCAAAAUUUAACAUUUGAUGAUGGAGUUAUAAUGAUCAACUACACACACGGGGAGACCUGCCACAAGAUUUAUGAGCGAUCAACAGCCAUCAUGUUUUCCUGCGACCACAGCAAGAAUCCGGGGAAGCCAGAGUUUGUCCGAGAGACAGCAGACUGCACCUACUUGUUUGAAUGGCACACUGCUUUGGCCUGUCCUCCUUUUAAGACCACCAGCUGCUCCUACAAUGAUGGCAGGGGACACUCGUAUGAUCUGUCCUCCUUGGCUCUGCACAGCAGUAACUGGGUGGUUCAGCCUGAGACUGGAAACAAAGACAAGCGCUACUACAUCAAUGUGUGCAAAUCUCUUGUACCUCAGAGUGGUUCAUGGGGCUGUCCGAGCAGCGCUGCAGCGUGUCGGAAGACCGGUGAUGAGUAUGUGAGUCUGGGAGAAGCUCAGUCCGAGCCACAGUGGGAGGGAAACAUGCUGGUGCUGAAGUACACGGAUGGAUCAACCUGCCCUGGAGGAGACCGUAAACGAUCCACCAUCAUCCGCUUUCAGUGCGAUCCUGACAAAGUGGACUCGAAGCCCACUUUGAUCACUGCACUAGAGGACUGUGUGUACAGCUUUGUGUGGUUUACAGCAGCAGCAUGUCCCCUUAACAGGACAGAACAUGGAGACUGCAAGGUCACUAAUCCACGGACAGGGUAUCUGUUUGACCUGAACUCACUCACUCGGGAAGGUGGUUAUACGGUGUAUCACAGCGUAGACGUAAGGAAGAUGUAUCGCCUCAAUAUCUGUGGUCCCAUAAAGAACGCGGGCUGUGCAUCAGAAGCAGGAGUGUGUAUUAAAGACAGUAGCGAAGCUGUGAAUGGAGGAAAAUCUAACAAGAAGCUGGUCUACAAGGACCAGGUGGUGGAGCUGACCUACGAGGGCGGAGACGUCUGUGCAGCCAAUCCGUCGCUCAAACACAAGAGCAUCAUCAGCUUCAUCUGCAAGUCUGAAGGAGGCGAAACCAGCAAGCCCGUACUGGUCGACUCGGACAAGGACACGUGCACUCACUUUUUUUCCUGGCACACAUCGCUGGUCUGCGAACAACAGGUGAGGUGCUCCGUUUGGAACAAAACCAGCCUGAUAGACCUGAGUCCUCUGAUUCACCUCAGCGGGUACUACACUGCCACGGAUGAAGACGCAGGCGAGAAUGCAAACAAGGAUGAGAACAAGGACACGUCACGUGUCUUCUACAUUAACAUCUGCCAGCCUCUUAACCCCAUUCCAGGGGUCAAGUGUCCUCCUGGAGCCGCAGUGUGCAUGGACCCUCCUGAAGGAGACCCUAUUGACAUCGGACGUGCCGCCACUUCUCCAAAGUAUAACCCUACCACUGAUGAGGUGGAGAUUGAUUUUACCAGUACAACUCCAUGUAAGACGAAUCCCACGGUCAAUUAUACUUCCAGAAUCAUCUUCACCUGCCAGAGAGACACGGACCUGGGAUCUCCGGAGAUGAUGCAUCAGCUGGGCUGCAUGUUUGUGUUCGAGUGGCCGACGCCUCUGAUGUGUCCAGACACGGUCAGCGCUCAGGGCUGUAAGCUCCAAGUCUCCCAGCUGCAGUACACCUUUGACCUUUCACGCCUGCCCGGAGACGUUCAGGUUCCUGUUUCCUAUGGAAAGUAUAAGCUGAACGUGUGUGGCUCCGUGACGGACAAGGUGUGUAAGAACAGUCCGGUGUGUUUAGUCUCCGGGACUUCGGCGUUCUCGUUUGGCCACAGUCGGGCCAUGAGUCUAAACUACAGCCCAGUGGAGCAGGCAGUCAUCAUGCAGUAUGGAGGUGGAGACCCCUGUCCUUCAGUAACUACAGAAGGAACUGUGUGCACAUUGCCAUUCAUCUUCAAUAAAAAGUCGUAUUCCGAGUGCACAGAAGACGGCAGGACUGAUGGCAGGAAGUGGUGCGCCACCACAUCUAACUACGACAAAGACAGUCGGUGGGGUUUCUGUUCUAAUGUGACCGCUAAGAGGCAGUCGACAAUCAUGCUCAUGUGUGACCGCUCGGCGGGCCUCGGCAAACCCCAGCUGUUCAGCGAGACACAGGCUUGUUCUAGCACCUUCCACUGGCGCACUAAUGCCGUCUGUCCUCCGAAAAAGAUGGAGUGCAAACUGGUGAGCCACCACCAAACCUACGACCUGCGCACCCUCUCGUCUCUCACCGAGCCAUGGAAGUUCAGCAGCCGUAAGAGAGAUGCUUACUACAUGAACCUGUGCCAGGAAAUCCAUGGAGGCCUGACUGGUUGUCCAGAGGGAGCCGCUGUGUGUCGCAAGCGCUCCAGUGGAAAGACGGAGACCCUGGGACGAGUAUUUACUCAGCGCAUGGGAUUAACUGAUGGAAAGAUACAGAUGAAUUACUCCAUGGGGGAUGCUGUGUGUGGAAAUUCAAAACAAGCCAAAACCAUCGUGCAGCUGUCGUGCGGAAGGACUGUGGGUCAUCCCAAACUCCUAAGGGAGGACAUGGCAGCUUGCGAGUUCUGGGUGGAGUGGGAGACUCGAGCAGCCUGUGCAGUGAAGCAGCAAGGGGAGCAGGUGGAGAUGGUGAACGGCACCAUCACAGUUCCAGAGACGGGUGCCCUGUUCAGUCUGGGAGAUCUCUACUACAGCCUCCACAAAGCCACAGGAGACAUCAGACCCAAUGGUGACACCUAUGUCUAUCACAUCCAGCUAUCAGGCAUCACGAACAGCUCCUUAUCCAAGUGCCUGGGCGCGAACGUCUGCCAGGUGAAGAAGGACGCCGCCGACUGCAGGAAGAUCGGCUCCUCCAACAAGGCCAAGUACUACAUCAAAGGGGACAGUCUGGACGUCCUGGUGCCUUCGGAGUCUGUGUGCGGUCGUGACAAAUCAAAGACCAUGUCAUCGACCAUCUUGUUUCACUGCAAGCCCGAGGCCGGAGUGGGCAUCCCGGAGUUCCUGCUGGAAACUGAUGGGUGUCAGUACCUGUUCGUCUGGCACACCAACAAAGUCUGUGAACUUUUCACCUCGAUUCAGCAAGUGAAGGAUAAUGAGGAAGCUGGAUUAUCAGGGCGGAGUCAGGCUCUGGGGGUGGUGCUUAGCCUGUUGCUAGUGGUGCUGACCAUCUGUCUGCUUGUUCUGCUGCUCCACAAGCAAGAGAGGAGGGGGCUUUUUAUACAGAAGCUCACCAGCUGCUGCAAACGGAGAAAUCAAGUGUCUUAUAAAUACUCCAAGGUGAGCAUGGACGAAGACGGCUGCGAAGACGAGAUGGAGUGGCUGAUGGAAGAAGUGGAGACUCCGGUGCAAACACCUCACGAAAACGGCCACAUCACCACCAAACCAGUGAGUGCCGACGCGCUGCGCUCCUUCUCCCUCGAUGAGCAGGACAGCGAGGAAGAGGUUCUGACCAUCCCUGGAGUCCGAGUCCACUCAGGAGGAGUCUCCGCCUCCUCCUCUCAUCUCCUGAAGAAGAACGAGAGCGACGAGGAUCUGGUGGGGCUGUUGGACGACACGGCAAGAAAGAGCAGGUCCAAACCGAGCUCCAGACAUCUAAAGAAAGAGCAGGGAGACCCUGAGGACAGCGACGAGGACCUCCUUAAAGUCUGAGGAUUUCUUUCAUGAACUACUGAACGUCCCUCUAAACUCGCUCUGGUCAUUUAGUUGAUUUUUUUUUUCUUUUCUAAAGGGAAAUCUAUUUAUAUCUGUUCAUUGCUUAUCAAUGGACAGCCUGUACUUUGGCGAUGAAAAUAUUUCAUCGUUUAAUUGUUUUCUUUCUUUCUUUCUUUCUUUCUUUCUUUCUUUCUUUCUUUCUUUCUUUCUCUGUCAGAUGAUUUAAUUCAAGCUUGAUUUGUACAGAGAUAUUAUUGUAUAUGAUGGCAACAAAAAAAAGAUGGUUUAUGAUCUGUUAUUUAAUUACACGGAUUGAUUAUGAUUUUAGUUUGAGUUCAUCUCACUGUUUCCAUGGCAACCAGUAGCCAGUAGUGAAUACGGAAAAUCCCGUGCUCGAGGUUUGCAGUAUUUUUGCACAUGGAGCCAUGAGGAAUCGCAUUAACCUUCGCUCAGAUUUGUUUGUUUUUCACUGUGUGGUUUUUGCAGCACUUGUCUCGCAGGAUAAAAAAAAAAAUUUGGCUUCAUAUUUACACUUCUUUUUAAAACCUGAACCAUUUCGAGUAAAGGGACGUCUCCUGCAUUGCUUUCACUUCCCUUUUUUGCCAUAAAAGCAUGCUGUAUAACCCUGACAUGCACAGUAUUUUAAUGCUGGGAGGAAAAAUGUCUCAUCUCUCUCAUAAACUCACAGAACAUUAUUGUCUCAGUCUUUAUUUCAGCUUUCUUUCUUCUUUUAGGUAUGAUUGAUUGUGCAGUUUGAUAAAUUUUGUUAAAUUAAUUAUUUGCACAGGUACAAAUGUAAAAAGUCAUACUUAUGAUGCAUUCUGGUUAUUUUUUUCUGCACUGGAUGAGGGUUAAAAUGUUAAAAGUGAUAAUGGUGUGAUUUUUGGCCUUAGACUCAAGACUGUGACGCAUGUGAUGUCGUGUUUUAUUUUACUUUUUUCCAUCCAUCAACCUUUUUUUUUUCUGCCAUUGGAAUCUUGACAAAAUGAUUUGAUCAUAAACCAACUUCCUGUCGAUUUUGUCCUCAAGUGGCCUGUUUUUGACGUGGGGCGUUAGUGUUCCAUAGCCGUGUUUGGGUGUCUGAAUGCCGUACGUCCAUAACUUCUCCGAAAAGGUUUUGUGAUUUGCAGAAAGGCUGCUGAUGAGGUUGAAUGGUUGAAGGUAUCUCUAACUCCUUGCUGUACACACAAACUCGAUAUGUGUCUCCUUUUUUAAAUCACAUGUACAGAGCCUCCUACUGAUGGCCCUAUUUCUGCCAAAAUUUCUUUAGAAUUGUUUGCUUACCUGCUGUUUUUUUUGUUUUGUAUUUAAAAAUGUUCAUACUGAGACAUUGCAUUAUUUCAAUAAAAAAGAACAGCUAUUAAAAUA